AUGCAAGCGUUAAACUCUCCAAGCAACGGAUCGGAGAACGAUCUUGAGGAAGUUCUCGAGGAACGCCCAAGGAGAAGAUUAAACGAAAAGUCUGUUCCUGAAUUAGUAUAUGAAGACGAAGAAAAUCUUGAUGAUGAUGAUUUCGUGGUACCUACGGCUAAUUAUAACGACAAAGUAGGGGAGAAGAGACAGAGGGAGAAAAAAGAUGAGUCUGCUCAGACGAACAAGAAGAAGAAGAAGAAGAAGCAAGAUUCCGAAAAUUCCACAGAGAUUGAAGAGAUGUGGGAUUCAAUCACGAACGACAAGGAUGGUGGUGAUGAUGCUGUAGAAAAUCCUUCCAAGAAAGAUAAAGCCAGCGUCGAUGAUGAGAUUGACAGAUUGUUCAAGUUAGGAAGAAAGAAGAAGAAGGAAGAGAAAAGCAAGGCUGAGAUUGCCAUGCAAGUAGAGCAAGUUAUGGCUGAGCUUGAAAUCGCUGUAGAAGACGAUGUAGAGCUUAACAAACAAGGCAAGCCCGCCAUUAACAAGCUCAUGAAGCUACCACUUCUCACCGGAUCUCUCUCAAAGAAACAACUUCAAGCUGAGUUCUUAGAUCAUGGACUACUUAACCUUCUCAAGAGUUGGCUCGAGCCGCUUCCAGAUGGUAGCUUGCCGAACAUAAACAUCCGCACAGCUGUCUUGACCCUUCUCAACGAUUUAUGUCUGAGAUUAGAUGAAGACUCUGGAAGAAAACAGUUUGUCAAGAGCCGUAUCGGGAUGGUCAUAACGUUCUUAUCAAAAUCAGCUGAAGAAACUACACCUAAUAGGCGACUCGCUAAUGACUUAAUCAACAAAUGGGGCCAUGCCAUUUAUAAUAAGACCACAAGAUAUGAGAACAUGUGUAGUCAAGAGGAACGUGCAGAGCAACAUGAAGUGCUUUUAAGAAGAGAGAACAAUGCUCCUCCUCCUAAAGCGUUUGAAGCCAUUGCUACAGACUUUGAUACAGAUGUUGCCUUGUCUAAGAAAGAAAAGUCCAAGCUACCAGUUAGUAGAAAAACAGAGAGAGCGAGAGUACCGACAGCAACAUCAAUGGACUUUGUGAUCCGUCCUAAACCAAAAGUUGACAAGAAACUCGAAGCUCGUGUCAAGAUGCAAAUGGACAAUAGCUCCAUCCAUGAAAAUAUACUCGACAAGCUGAAGAGGCAAAAGGCCCGGAGGAAGACGAAUAUGCAUGCAACAAAGAUUAGUGUAGACGGUCGCAGCAUGCUCAAGUACCUGUAG